CCCCUCUGGCUCGGCUCUUCCCUGGGGCCGGGGCCGCGGCGGCGACGUCACCGCUAGGAGACCCCUGGGUGGCGCCUGCGCCGUUGGCGGGCCGCGGCCUCGACCGGCUGCGGGGAGGGGCGGUGCGAGAGGGCGGGAGCGGGCGCCGGGCCCCCCCUCGGCCGCCGCCGCCGCCGCCGCCGCUGCCGGGGAGAAAUCUAGGCGGCAGCGGGCGGCCCCGGCUAGCGGCGACGAGCACUUCUGCGGCUGCCGAGUAGAGCGAAGGUCGCCGGUCUCUUGUCGUUCUCCUCUCCGCCCCCCAGGAGGGGCGAGAGGGAGUCGCCGCGGAUGUCAGAAAUACACUUUUGGGAAAUGGCCUCUAAAUCUUGGCUGAAUUUUUUAAUCUUUCUCUGUGGAUCAGCAGUUGGAUUUGUUUUAUGUUCUCAGCUAUUUAGUAUUUUGUUGGGAGAACAGGGUGACACCCAACCUAAGAUUCUUCAUAAUGAUCCUCAUGCUAGGCAUUCAGAUGAUAAUGGACAGAAUCAUCUAGAAGGACAGAUGAACUUCAAUGCAGAUGCUAGCCAACAUAAAGAUGAGAACACUGACAUCGCUGAAAACCUCUAUCAGAAGGUUAAAAUUCUUUGCUGGGUUAUGACAGGACCUCAAAAUCUAGAGAAAAAGGCUAAACAUGUCAAAGCUACAUGGGCCCAGCGCUGUAAUAAAGUAUUGUUUAUGAGUUCAGAAGAAGACAAAGAUUUCCCUGCUGUGGGAUUAGAAACCAGAGAAGGCAGAGACCAGCUAUACUGGAAAACAAUUAAAGCUUUUCAGUAUGUUCAUGAUCACUAUCUAGAAGAUGCAGAUUGGUUUAUGAAAGCUGAUGACGAUACAUAUGUUAUACUAGACAAUUUGAGAUGGCUUCUCUCAAAACACAACCCUGAAGAACCCAUUUACUUUGGGAGAAGAUUUAAGCCCUACGUUAAGCAGGGCUAUAUGAGUGGAGGAGCAGGAUAUGUACUGAGCAAAGAAGCCUUGAAGAGAUUUGUUGAUGCGUUUAAAACAGAGAAAUGUACACAUAGUUCCUCCAUUGAAGAUUUAGCACUGGGAAGAUGCAUGGAAAUUAUAAAUGUAGAAGCAGGAGAUUCCAGAGAUACCAUUGGAAAAGAAACUUUUCAUCCCUUUGUACCAGAGCACCACUUAAUCAAGGGUUAUCUACCUAAAACAUUUUGGUACUGGAAUUAUAACUAUUACCCUCCUGUAGAGGGUCCUGGUUGCUGUUCUGAUCUUGCAGUUUCUUUUCACUAUGUUGAUCCUACAACCAUGUAUGAGUUAGAAUACCUCGUUUAUCAUCUUCGUCCAUAUGGAUAUUUAUACAGAUAUCAACCUGCCUUACCUGAAAAUAUACGGAAGGAAAGAAGUCAAGCAUACAAAAAUGAAGAUCCAAAGUAAAAUUUGGGAAACCUUGAAAGAAAAGCAUAAAUGAACAGAGGUAAAAUGUCUAACAUUGCACUGAAGAAGAACUUCUGCUUUCUGAUGUAGAACACUGGAAGCCCAGUGAAGAAUUCUAAAUGAACAUUCCGUAUUAGAAAUCUUUCAUAUGAAUGCCUAUAAACUGAAGCUUUAAUAAGCUGUGAAGUCUGUUAAAAUGUGUUUUGAUACAGUAAUAUAUAUAUGAAAAACUUGUGUUUUUAUAAUGUUGGCAAGGCAGAGGGGCUAAAAAGAUUUUGUUGCCUGUUUCUGACCACAUGUAUUAUUUUCACUGGGAAGUUAAAACAGUUGCUAAAACUAUACUGCACCAUAUUAGUAACACACACAUGAUGCUAAACAGAUCUGCCUUAAAAUUUUAGAAGAAAGUAUUGUUGUUCAGUGUUGUUUAUAAACUCAAGACAUGAGUUUAUAUUCACAGUAUGAUAUAAAUGAACCCCUCCUCUCCCAACACAUACCCGUGUGUAGUUUUGGCUAAUCUAAAUUUUGCUGUGAUUAUUUAAAAUUGGCAGUAUUUCUCUCAGAAGAAGGUAGAAUCAGAAUGGCACUUCAUCCUAAUGUGCAUUAAUAAAACCACAUUUUGAAAUGAUCAUGGGCCUUGAUUAUAAUAUAUAGUGUAUAUACUUGGUUCUAAUUAAUAGUUAACCGUUUGUAGGCAUACCUCGUUUUAUUGCUUUAUUUGCUUCACAGAUGUUGUGCCUUUUACAAGGCAAGACUCUCAAGAGAAAAAAAGAUAACGACUCGCUUUAUUGCGACACUUACUUUAUCGUGGUGGUCUGGAACUGAAACCACAAUAUAUCUAAGGUACUAUGCUGAGUUGUUAUUAUCUCUUCUAAAUAUGUUUAACCAUUCUUGAAUACCAUUUUCAACUAUUAAUAUUUACUCAAAGCUUUAAAGCAUUUGAUUAAAUAUUUUGUUCCCAUAUUUACCCAUUGUUAAUUAUGGGUAACUAAUAAAUAGUAAAUUUAAUGCUUCUUGGGGAAUGUUUUUUGAUAUCACAGCCACUCAGGAAUUACGAAGCGACACUUUUAAUAGAUCAUUUAAAACUUUUUCCAACUACAUAAUUAUAGUUCUUUUCAUUCUUAUCCUGUUGAGAGAUGAGAACUUGUUUUGUGCCUUUCAUAACUUCUUUAAAACAGUUUUAAAAUUCAUUUUUAGGAUCUAAGGUGGUUAUUAAUUGCACUGGCAAAAUAAUUUGAAUGCAAGAUUUUGACCAGAGUUAAUUAAAAACAUUAGAAAAUGCACAAUGCUUAAACAAGCUGAAAUGUGUCAGGUAUUAAAAGACAAAAUACUUAUUUUAUGAAUAAUAUCUAAAUUUGAUGCUGACCUAUGUACAGGGUGGGGCAAAAGUAGGUUUACAGUUGUUUGUAUAGAAAAAUAAUACAAUAAUUAAUAAAUAAUACAAGAGUAAGUGCUAUUUUGUUCCAUCCUCUGUUUGGGGAUGAUUGUAUUGCCGAUGGAUAGAUAAUUGCAGUUGAGCAGAAUACCCAUUCAAGACUGUCAUCUAAAACACAUUCAUGAAUAUUUUGUUCUUAUUUUAGUGACCCUCUAUUUAAAGAGCUUCUGGAAAGAAAAAAAAAUUAAUUUUUGUUAUCUUUAGCAAUAUUACCUGAGUGUAUCAUAACAAUAUUUUACAGACUUUCUGUAAGAUUAUCAUAAAUGGUACAAGUGAUUUAUAUUUCUCUUACGUUUAUGAUGCUAAUUUUACAUGGCUGUCACACAAUUGACUCUGCUGUUUAGCUAAAUAGUUUAUAUUUAUUGUGCCAAAACAUGUCAAAACCAUGACCUCUUUAGAUGGUAUAUUUGAGAGGAUGUUCAUCUUGGCCAAUUAUGGAUACUUUGUCUAUGUAGUGAAAACUCACACCAAUUUUUACCCAUUAAAUUGUUUUUUAUUGUUUUCAUGAUGGUCAUCUGCCAAAAUUUCAAGGCAUUCAUUCUGUUUUUGAACAGCUUUUCACUUUGGUGUGGAUAUGAAUUUAUCUGAGUCCAUAUUUUCCACUUUUCUGUACUAGAAGCAUAAAUAGUUUAUUACAAACAUCCAAAAACCUUAAAAUUUACUCAAAGGAAAUGAACAUUGUGAUAAAUCCUAGGGUCCUGAGUUAGACUACCUGGGUUUAAAUUCUUGCUUCAUCACUUACUAGUUUUGUAACCUUGAGCAAGUUCCUUAAUCUCUCUGUGCCUCAAUUUCCUCAUCUGUAAAUUAGGGACAAUAACACUACCUACCUCACUGGAAUUUUAUGAGGAUUAAAUGAGUGAAUAUAUGUAUGGCUUUUAGAAUACUGUCUGGCCCAGAGUAUGAAGCAAUAAAUAUAAGGUUUUAGUCUGUUAACUUGGAGUGUAAAUAUUUGUUUCAAAUGAAUGAAAAGUCUGCUUUAAUCAAAUGAGAUAUUGAAGGAAAUAUUUUAUUCAUUUCUUAUAAGUAAUAGCUAGUUUUUAUCUGAUGCAUACUAUAUACCAAUUACUGUGCUUAGAUACUCUUUGUACAUUAGCGUUAAUCCUCACAAAUUGGAUGCUAUUCCCAUAUUAUGAAUGAGAAAAGUGAGGCUCAGAGUUAAAGUACCUUUUCCUCUGUCACAAAGCUAAUAAGUAACAGCUGGGAUUUCUAUUGAAAGCCUAUGUGUUCUUGGUACCGUGUCAGCCCAGAGGUUAGUCAUUUAGCAUUUUUUCCAUUUUUACUUACUGACAUGUGAUACAAUGGCCAAUAGUAGUGAGAUUAACCAAAUUGUCAUGAUGCUUCUCUAAUUGUGGUUUUUAUACUCUUGCCUGGAAGCUUGUUAAAACACCGAUUUCAAGACCACAAGCCCAGAAAUUCUGAGUCUAGCAUGGGGCCCAGGACUAUUGUUCAUUCUUACUAAAUGCCCUUAGGCUGUGGUUCUCAAAGUGUGGUCUAAAUCUACAAUGUAUCAGUAUCAUUUGGGAAAUUGUUGGAAAUGCCAUCUCCUGAACAUAUUAAGGAUUAACUGCUGUGUAAGUAAAGUAUCUUUCAAAGAUUUAGAUAAGGCAUCUUUAAAAUAAGUGAGUCCAAUAUUACACUAUAUUAAAUGUAAGAGUCUUUAAAGCUGUUUUAAAGGGUCAGUGGAUCGUUUAUUUUGGCAAAAUUCUUUAGCUUCUUCAGAGUGACUAACAUCAGGGCCCACACAGUAAAAUCUAUAAUUCUUUGAGUUUAGGAAUUUCAUAUUAGUGCAGGAAGGGUUCAUUAAGUAGUACUAAUUCGUUAACAUCCUAAAUGAGUGUCAUCCCAAAUGCCCACAAUUGUUAAUAAAAAUGUUUAAAUAGAUAUAGCAAAAUGCGAUUUUAUAAUAUGCAUAAUAGUAUGUUUUUUUGCUAAUUUUGACACUAUCAAAAUUUCAUUACUUUUAAGAAUCAGUUGACUGUCCUAUAUGACCUUAUAAAGCAAAAAAUUCAAGUAUUUGAUUAAGUACAUAAAACCAGAUUUCAUGAUAAUACUGACUUAUAUUUUAAAUUAAGAUCUCUGUCAUUUGGAUAAAUGAUUUUAAUGUGGCCUCUCCAUAACAGUAUACUUGUAUUUUCAAUUGGGAAGUUCAUAGAUGAUGCAAAGCAGAUUGUUGUCCCAGAGUUAAAUUAUUUGUUUUCAGAUACCUUAAAUUUCAGAGGAGUAUUUGUUACUGUAAGAAGAUUAGAAAAUAAAUCACUGACCAGUUUUGAACAUUUUUUUAAAUAUGGUAAUUGGAUUUGGGCAUUAAACUUGCUAACUGGUUAUUUUCAUAA